AUGCCGUUCAGGCUGCGCAAUGCUGGCGCAACCUUCCAAGGAUUGAUGCACAUCGCCCUGGGCCGACAGCUCCGAAUGAACGCCGAGGCGUACGUCGACGACAUAGUGGUCAAGUCACGUGAGGCGAGGACCCUCGUAGAAGAUUUGGAAGAAACGUUCACCAACCUGUGCAAGGCUCCAGAGGCUCCCUCGUCUCAAGAAGGGCCGAACACCAUCGACACCUCUUCCCUCAUCGAGCACCCCAUGUACUUUGUCAGCACGGUGCUGCGUGACGCGCAUGCACGCUACCCCAUGCCACAGAAGCUCUUGCUCGCGCUCCUUGUCACCUCAGGGAAGCUGCGCCACUACUUCCAAGGCCACCCCAUUAAAGUCAUCUCAGCAUACCCCCUGGAGAAGGUGCUUCGGAGCCCCAACGCCGCGGGCCCCAACCCGCACCCAUCCACGUACCAAAAAAUAGACCUACGAAGGUUAACCAACGAAAAAAGACCUACCAAGGUUAACCAGCGACAAAAAAACCUAAACCUAUCGCCCGCUCCCUCGCGCCCCUGUUGCUCCCUCCCCGAUCCCGAUCUGGAUCGAGGGGACGAGGAGCUCCUGCCUCCCCGACGGCCGGCCUCCUCCUCGCCCCGCCGCUGCGUCCGGCGCCGCCACGGCCUCUGGAGCCAGGGAAGCCAUGGCCUGAGCUCGGCCUCGAGGUCCCCGCCGCCGCCUCCUGCAGCUUCUACCCCGCCGCCUCACCGGAUCCUUCGCCCUCGCAGCUGCCGCCGAUCCCCUUCCUCAAACGCCGCCGCCCCGUCGGCGCCGCCCCGCCACCUCCCGUCGCGGGCAGGCGGGAGGAGCCCUGCCCGGCCUCCUCCUCCCCCUCACCUUCUCUCCCUCUCCCAAGGGAGGGAAGGGAAUGGGAGGGAUCCGGCGGCAAGGGGAGGCAGCGCCCAGAUCCGCAGCCGCACCGGCGGGCCGCCGUCCCUCGAGAUCGUCCAUGGAGGUCCGACCCGGCUGCAGCCAUGGACUGAGACGCCCGAAUCCCUAGCUACCCGUGGAGGUCCGACGCCUCAACCUCCAAGGAAAGGACGCGCGCCGGCUGCAGGCCAUCUCCGGCGACCUCCGACCAUGGUUGCUCGGAUCUGGACCAGCUGCUGCUCCUACUGCUUCAGGUGGACGAGGACGAGCCCUCCAUCAUCGCUGCUGCGGCUGCCUACUCCCUCCUCCUACCUCCUGGCCUGGUGUGCAUGGUCAUCCCGGCUUCAGAAAGUACAUCAACUUAUGCAACAUCUGUACCUACUACAGAUCUUACGAGUAUUGAUCAGCUUCUGGAAACAAGUGGUGGAGUUAAUGAGCCGGGAUGAAGUUCGAGAAGUUGCAUUACACCGUGUAAAUAUUAAUGAGCUGUGGAAGACAAGUGCACCGGGAAGUAAACCAGUGUCUUUUGAUAGGGAUUUCUGGAGGUAACAUGCCUCUGAUUGUAUGCACUGAAUUUCAGAUGCUAUCUUGCGUACGACUGAGCAGUCUCAGAUAUACUUCAACCCAGACAUCAACGCAGCAAAUAACUUGAUUAUAAGGAACAAAUGUCAUGUGAAGCAAAUAAUUUCCUUAGAAAAAAGAGGGCCAAGAAAAAGACGCAAAAGCAUAGCUUGCUCCUUGAUUCCAGUUUCUGCAGCCACCAUUGAUAAGCAUGGGACUGAGACAAUGAGUAUCAAAAGGAAGUCAAGGAAGCUUCGUCCUCUGGGUUGCUUGCGAUGUAGUUCUCCAGCAGCUUCAGCGCCAAGUUGUAAACUUAUGCAUUUGGGGCUAUUAAAGGGAGGCAAUUGGCGUGCAUGUCAAGAGGAGUUAUUCUGUGGCAACCCACAGGUAUUUAGCUAGAUCAUCUUACUACGAUACUAAUAUAGAUUAUUGUUGUCUUCACCCAGUUCUUGUUUUGGUGCCUUAAAAAAUCAUCUUAAUCGGUACUGAUAUCACUUAUGCAAGAGUCAUGUUUGAUCAUUAAAAGAAUUGGCCACGGAUCCCCACGGCCGCCGCCGCUGCUGCAGAUCCCCACGGACGACGCAGACGCCGCCGAAUAGAGCAGGCGUGGUCGCGUUGCACUGAUUGGAGGAGACCGUGCCGGCCGUGCCCUGUUUGGAGGAUGAACACAGGUUCACCGUCAUGGCUAUGAGAGGACGCAUUUGUGGAAUCCCCUGCAUGCAACGGACGGAUCGAUUGUUUGAACGGGCGCAAGGAAAGAGAUCUGGGCCUGCUUGAGGGGGUGAGCUGACAUGGGAGACCCGAGCUGCUGUUCAUCUCCUGCUGCUGCUAUAUUGACCUCUACUUGAAGUCAGGAGCCAAAUUGAAGAUCAAAUUCAGGUUAGUAAAAAAGGGCAGUCUUUUUGUUAUUGGUGUACCAUUUUGUAUAUUGUCAACUGUACGCUCCUUGCGAUACUAAAAACUAUAUGUAAUGUAGGGAUUUGUUUCACCAUCAUCAGAAAAACUCCUAGACAUGCCUCCUAAAAGACAUGUCUUUUAUGAUAGUUCUGGAUCUGAAUGAGACCCUUUUAUACUCAGAUUGGAAGGUGAUCUUGUGUUUUCUGCGAAGUUUAGAAUCUCGUUGUUUGCUAUGCCUGCCGGCUGCCGCUCAUGUACUGCACAUGCAGUGUGAGUAAAUCUCUUAAUAUAUCACACAUUUGCACUUCAAAUUUACUAAAACAACCUGUAUAACUGAAACUCAAAAGUGCUCGUGCUUAAAAUAUGUACAUCCAAUGGGGAUAGAUGCUUGAUUUUGUGUCCAUAUGAGCCUUCCUAUUCGUUUUAUAGCAUGUAGGCUUUAUUUAUUGGCCCAGCUCCCCAGGUGCUAAAUAUUGGUUGAUCAAGAAUUUAUAAUAAAAAAUUCCAUAUAUCUCUACUAUUAAAGGGGAGUACAUUGUCGUUUCGUGUCGUUAGCCUCCCUCACCCCAUCGAUCGACAGGGCAUCGCAUGCCCAACACGGCGUCUCCCAUAAAUCAGGGAAGUCAGGAGCCACUGCGCGCAUCCGUGCCAGAUCCGGCAGGCGGCGCGUGCAUUCAUGCUCGAUCCGGGCGCCACGGUUGAGGCUUGGUGGACGAGCAUGUGGCAGUUGCUUGGUUGUGGAGGAGGGGAAGGGAGUACGGGAUGGCCCCGUUCUUUUUUUUGCCCGUUCUGGAUGGUAGGGGGAUGGAUCACGGGCGGAUGGAGGUCUAGGGAGCACGGGGCGGCAACUUCACCCUUGCCACGGUCAGGGAAGAGGAAGGGAGCCUGAGCUCUCUAUGCGGCUUCAUAAGUGUGGCUGGAGCACGGGCGUUGCGACGAGGGUGCGGGUGGAGCACGGCCAUCCGUUGAUAGGAGGGAGCUGGGGGAGGGGUGACGCAAGCCACUUGUGGGAGAUGGAUGUAGAAGAGGAGGAGCAGCGCUGGAUGGCAGUGGCGGAGCGUGGCAAGCAAUCAAGGGGGGGGGGGGCAAAUUUUCAACUCAAAGCAAAUUUUUAAUUCAAAAUAGCCUAGAAGUAAAAUUACACUGUAAUCGAACAUAUCUUGCUCCUUCCAUCCUUUGGCAGCUUGGCUCAUCAACGGUCGUCAGCUCAUCGUCUUGGCGAUUGCGCGCAUAGCACGAGAUGGUCCGUGUAGGCGCAGCAGCAAGCAGGGGGCGAAUCGACCUAAUGCCAACAUAUGCAGCAGGCAGCCACCAGCCGGGUGAAUCCAUCUAAUGUAGCAGUAAGCAAGCAUUAUGUGCACAUGCAGCAGGAAGCUGCUCGUACAACAUUCAAUCAAGUUGCAUGGAGUAGCUAGCUAGCUUCACACAUGAAUAUGCAUGUGUGUAUCCUUCGAGGGUAUUCAUCUAAUAAUAAUGGGGUUGGGAGGAGUAUUAUUCACUAAUGGGUUGGAUCAAACACUUAGUAUGCAUAGUAGUAAUUUUUUGCUUGCAGUUUUGGAAGGCAGGGUCAUGAUCUGUUUGGCCUCUAUGAGGCUCCGCCAGUGCUGGAUGGUGAGGAGUGGUGAUGUGUAGAGAAGAGAAGGGGCACCUUGCUUGAGAUAUCUCGAUGGGGAUUGGGUGCUGUUGCUACUGCUUUUUUUUCUGAACGAGAUGUGGCGGCACCGAUAUGGUCUGAGCAGGGGAGCACAGCAAAAAUGCUAAUUGCUCCCUGACUCUCUUUCAUUUGAUUGCAGAAUAUUGUGCUUACUCCCAUCUCUCGCGCUCUUGCAGGCUUUCAAAAGUGAGGCUGGGGCGCGGAGGUGAUGCCAAAUUGGCGUGUGAAUGUAAGGAUUGAAAUGAGAUAGUUAUCUUCUUUCAGUUGUUUGCUUCUGCUUAUUGAUAGAGAUAAUUAUUCCCUAUUUAGUAGAUUCUCUCACAUGUUAAUAUUGGGAAUUAUCUAUGGUUCAUUUGGUGUUCAUAUCUCCAUCCUAGCGACCGCUUUGUCCAUGGCAUUUUUAUCGCAUCCACCCAGAUUAGUAUGAAACGAGAAUGCACAUCUAUGUUGUAUUUGCUGCCGUAUGUUGUUUGCAUCAAAAACGUUCUUUGCAUGAUGAACACGGCAGCAAUUCAUUCUUCGAAGAAGUGAAGCGAUGUAAAAAAUGUGCAUCGGCGGCCGCCGAGUGAUCACCCGUCAUUUUUCGUAGUCCUCUUAGUCAUGUACUAGCACAGAUGUUGUGCACGAAAGUAGGAGCAAUCAAGUUGUUUUUUCUCUGACAUGGAGGCAAGCUGGCCUUGUUGUGCUAUGCUCAUCUCAAAUUUUAUGCUACGUCUACUUAUUUUAGCUAAACGUAGGUUUUGGCAGCAAGAAACACUUGCAAAUGUAUGUCUUCUUGAUAUAAGUAUCUGUUCUAGAAGAUAAAUAUAGAUAGCCGUCACAAUAACCGGGGAUAUAAAUAUUUGCACUAGAAGAUAGAUAUUUAUAGUGGUCACAAUAACUGAAUCUGUUGUGUACUACAAUAUUUUUAUUCAGAAGAAGACAUGAUUAUAUGUUUUUAUGUAGUUUUAGUAUCUGAGUCGAACUUUCUUAAUUUGUAAAAAGAUAGUUGUAAUUGAUUGAA